ACGAAGAAGGUAAACACUAAACUUCCACUCCAUGCAAGAGCAGGACUCAAUUGUUGGAGACUUUGGAGUCAACAGUCACCAAUCAUGAACGAAGAGAGCCACACAGUCCCACCAGCCAAUACCUUUUUGUAUAGACUUGACCAUUGACGCAGCCACCUCCGCCUCCGCCUUCACUCUCUUGGUUCAUUCCAAUUAUUCAUUCUAUUUUAGUGUUCUGCGAUUAGUAUCCAGAGAGCAUCUGCCUGCCACGCGCGGUGCCACCCCAUCCUCUCCAGUCUCCUCCUUCCAAUAUUUCCAAUUAAAUUCCGGCAAUGGCGACGAAUGGAAUCCACCAUCCCAUCGACCACUGUCGUCCUCCCACCCUGCCCAUUCCAAAAGGUGGAAGGAAUCCCAUCUUCGUAGCGGGCGAUUCUAAUGUUUCCAAUCCACCACACUGGAAAAAGGCCGCCGAGGCUCUACAGUGCACCCACUAUGACGAAGUACGUCGCAUGGUGUCACAGUUCCAGCAGUCCCAGACAGUUAACCUCCAGGGCACCAAUCUCACCGUCGCUCAGGUGGCCGCGGUUGCUCGUCGGUCUAGCGUGACUGUUACUCUCGACGAGGCUGUGGCCCGGGACCGUGUGGCAAAAAGUGCCAAUUGGGUUGCCGAGAACAUUGCUCGUGGAACGGAUACGUAUGGCGUCACCACUGGUUUUGGUGCUACCUCCCAUCGGCGCACCAACAAGACUACCGAUCUCCAGACGGAGCUCAUUCGGUUCCUCAACGCCGGUGUGAUCGGAAAAGAGAGUCUUCCCGCCAGUUAUGCCAAAGCGGCUAUGCUUGUUCGAACAAACACACUGAUGCAAGGUUACUCUGGUAUAAGGUGGGAGAUACUGGAAGCCAUGUCCAAGCUCAUGAACAAAAACUUGAUUCCUAAGUUGCCUCUGAGAGGGACCAUCACUGCGUCCGGCGAUCUAGUUCCCUUAUCUUACAUUGCGGGCUUGCUAACUGGCCGGCAUAACUCCAAAGUAAUCACCCUGGAAGGCGAUGAAAUUACGUCCAAAGAGGCACUGGAGCGAGCUGGGAUUUCUGCUCAUUUCGAGCUGCAGGCUAAGGAAGGUCUAGCUCUCGUCAAUGGAACUGCAGUCGGCUCUGCUGUGUCUGCCACAGUUUGUUUCGAUGCCAACAUCCUGGCUCUGCUUGCGGAAAUCCUCUCGGCCUUGUUCUGUGAAGCCAUGCACGGGAAGCCGGAAUUUACCGACCCGCUGACCCAUGAGCUGAAGCACCAUCCCGGCCAGAUCGAAUCGGCCGCGGUGAUGGAGUUCCUUCUGGAGGAGAGCGACAUGAAAGAAGCGAGGAUCCGUCACGAGAAGGACCCGCUAACAAAGCCGAAGCAGGAUCGCUACGCGCUCAGAACAUCUCCGCAAUGGCUCGGGCCACAAAUUGAAGUGAUCCGCAUGGCCACUCACUCGAUCGAGAGAGAAAUCAACUCUGUUAACGACAACCCAUUGAUCGACGUCGCUCGUGACAUUGCUCUGCACGGGGGUAAUUUCCAAGGAACUCCAAUUGGGGUCUCGAUGGAUAACCUCCGAAUUGCCAUCGCAGCGAUCGGGAAGCUCAUGUUUGCUCAAUUCUCCGAGCUCGUCUGUGAUUACUACAACAACGGAUUGCCUUCUAAUCUGAGCGGCGGACCCAACCCGAGCCUGGACUACGGGUUCAAAGGUGCGGAGAUCGCCAUGGCGGCAUAUUGCUCGGAGCUUCAAUACCUGGCAAACCCAGUCACCACUCAUGUUCAAAGCGCUGAACAACAUAACCAGGACGUGAACUCGCUCGGUUUGAUCUCUGCCAGGAAGAGUGCGGAAGCGGUAGAAAUCUUAAAGCUCAUGUCUGCAACAUACAUGGUGGCACUUUGCCAAGCGAUUGAUCUCCGACAUUUGGAGGAGAACAUGAGGGAGGUAGUAAAACACAUCCUCAACCAAGUUGUGAGGAAGACCCUAUACACAACUCAGGACGGAUCAUUGCUCGAAACCCGUUUCUGCGAGAAGGAGCUCUUGCAGGUUAUUGAACACCAGCCUGUGUUCUCCUACCUCGACGAUCCCACCAAUCCAUCCUACGCUCUACUCCUCCAAUUGCGGGAGGUCCUCGUGGAGAAGGCGCUCAAUCAAUCUCCUAAAGCAGAAGAAAAGAGUACUGAAAGCGGGUACUCCAUAUUUAAACAGAUACCAGUCUUUCAGGAGGAACUCAAGGCGAGAUUAGGCGAGGAGAUAGCCAAGGCCAGGGAGAGGUUCGAUAAUGGUGAUUUCCCGAUACCCAACAGAAUUAAGAAAUGUAGGACUUAUCCGAUAUACAGGUUCGUGAGGACAGAAGUGGGAACCGAGCUUCUGAGUGGUGCGAAGAAGGUGAGCCCUGGAGAGCACAUAGAGAAGGUUUAUGAGGCGAUCAAUGAAGGGAAGUUGGGGGAGAUAUUAAUCAAGUGUUUGGCAUUCUGGAGAGGUUCGGCCGGACCCUUUACGCCCAGGCCCAUGGUGUCAUCGCCGGCACACUGUAAUCCCGAAUAUUGGGGUUGGUUCGAGAAAGUGCGGUCUCCCUCUGCUACAAGUGGGAGAGGCUUUUGGAAUCUCUGAGCAGUGAAAUUUGGUUCCCUUUGUUAUACCGCAGCUCCUUCUUUGGUUGAUAGGUUCUGUUACUUCUGUAUGAAAAAUCCCAUCUCAAGGAAAUGAUGGUAUUGAAAUACCUUUUUUUUUUCUUCUGCAAUUUAGAUUUUAGAGACGCUUUGGAUUGGAAGUUGAAGCUUCAUGGGUGCAAAUAUCAAUGCUCUGUGUUUAGACAUGAACACCUAGUAUGUACUACUAAAAUUCCUUGUUAAAAUUUCAUUGAACAGU